UUCAUCACAGACGAUUUCACAGUCCUUGUCCUGAUCACACCAAUAAGAUGCAACCCAACAAUAAGCUUAACACUUGUAUACAAAUUUUGGACAAGGCACAGAAAGAUGUCUAUCUUUUACAAAAUCUGGUAUCCUCCGAAACGAUUAAUAAUGCAAGAAACAGCCAAUCAAAAUAUAAAAACAUUCAAGUGGUCUAUAAAGAUAAUAUCACUACAAUAGUAAUAAAGCGGCCAGAGAAAAAAAAUGCAUUAAGUAUGGAGUCAUAUAAAGAAAUUUCUGAUGCUCUAGAGGAAGCCGGAAAUGAUGAUUCAGUUAUCGCUGUGUUAACAGGAUAUGGUGAUUACUUUAGCAGUGGCAAUGAUUUAAAUUAUGCUCUUAGAAGAAGCAACGAAAACCCGAAGGACAUGAUAAUAGAGUUAUUAAAUGUUGCAAGGGAUUUUGUGUGUAAAUUUAUUGACUUUCCAAAGCCACUUGUGGCCAUGGUGAAUGGACCUGCUAUUGGUAUUGGUGCAACAAUUCUUGGCUUAUGUGACCUUGUAUAUGCAUCUGACCAGGCUACAUUUAACACGCCUUUCAGCAAACUUGGCCAACAUCCAGAAGCAUGCUCUUCUUAUACCUUCCCAAGAAUAAUGGGAUUGACAAAGGCUAUUGAGGUAUUACUUUUCAAAAAGACGCUAACAGCUCUUGAAGCUUGUAACCUUGGACUGGUCACUGAAGUUUUUCCUGACAGUACCUUUCAGCAGGAAGUUUGGGCAAGGUUGAAAUCUUAUGCCACCUUUCCUAAAAAUUGUCUGGCUCUCUCAAAACAGUUGGUUCGCAGUGUGGAUAAAGAGAAACUUCACGAUGUAUGUAAAAAAGAGAUGGAACUUCUCAUUAAAAGAGCAAACUGAGGAUUCGCGUAAUGCUAUACAACAAUUCUUCUCAAGAAAAUCAAAGAUCUAAUUUUUUUCCUUCUAAUGUUUCCGAAUAAAAUGUCUAGUACAAAUACACACAAAAUA